AUGGUCUCGGCUACUACUACCGCCAGCAACUCCUCUGGGCUUGCACACUUUGACCCCCUUCGACUUGUUGACGUCGCAAAAGUCGAUCUUGUCAUGAAAACCCCUGGAUUCGACAGCUUCGAUCUUGAAGUUGAAUGUGAGAGGGAAGUGACGGGAUCAUUGGUCAAACCAAUACAAGCAAGACUCGACACACUUCGCGCUAAGCCUGGUCUGGUAACUGCGUACGCAAAGUUCACCAAUGUCCCACCAGAUGUGGCCAAACAGAAGCUUAUAAAGGGUUGCCGGUAA